GAUGAGGGGACAAAUACUGAUUCCAAGAGAGCUCAAGGUGUUCCUUGGUGUGUGUUUCCGCCACUGUUGCGUGUGUUUCGGCUCGCCGGGCAGCGGCAGGACCAGGCGCGGCGCAUCUGAGUGAGGAAGGCGCAGCUUCGGCCCCCCCGGAUCCGGAGACGCAGGCUAAACCCAGCCACUCCUCUCUCCAUCCCUCCAUCCUUCCGCUCAGCCCAGUGCGCUCGGUGCCUCAGGAGCAGCUGAGAUGGCUCCCACCCUGGCCACGGCCUUCUCCCGCCGCUGGUGGAUGGCGGUGACGGCGGUCAUCGAGAACCUGCUGUUCUCCGCCGUACUGCUUGGCUGGGGAUCCCUGCUUAUCAUGCUCAAGUCCGAGGGCUUCUACUCCUACCUGUGCAGCAGAGCCGACAACAACAGUCUCUCCAACACGUCAGACCCCCAGGCGUCUGAAGCCGAGGAGACCCUGGAGAUGAACGGCUGGCCCAUCUGCAACGACCAAGAUGAGAUGCUCAACCUGGCCUUCACCGUGGGCUCCUUCCUGCUGUCAGCCAUCACCCUGCCUCUGGGCAUCGUCAUGGACAAAUACGGGCCGCGCAAGCUGCGCCUGCUGGGCAGUGCCUGCUUUGCCUUCUCGUGCCUCCUCAUCGCCUACGGAGCCAGCGAUCCCCAGAAUCUCUCCGUCCUGAUCUUCUUUGCUCUGGCGUUAAAUGGCUUCGGAGGCAUGUGCAUGACCUUCACCUCUCUGACGCUCCCCAACAUGUUUGGAGACCUGAGGUCCACCUUCAUUGCCUUGAUGAUCGGCUCCUACGCUUCCUCCGCUGUCACUUUCCCCGGCAUCAAGGUGAUCUAUGACCUGGGUGCCACCUUCAUCAGCAUCCUGCUGGUGUGGGCCGGCUGCGCCUGCCUCGUCUUCCUCAACUGCUUCUUCAACUGGCCCCUGGAGCCCUUCCCUGGCCCAGAGGACAUGGACUACACGGUGAAGAUCAAGUUCAGCUGGCUGGGCUUCGACCACAAGAUCACAGGGAAGCAGUUCUACCGGCAGGUGACCACUGUGGGCCGCCGUCUGAGCGUCGGCAACUCCAUGAAGCAGCAGCACCCGCCGUCCAAGGACCUGGCCACACAGGAGGCCAAUAAGCUCUGCCUCUCCACCGUCGACCUGGAGGUGAAGUGCAAAGCAGAGGGAGAGACUCAGUCGUUCAUGAAGAGCAUCUUCAGUCCUAUCUUCCUGCUGAGCCUCAUCACCAUGUGUGUGACGCAGCUCCGCCUCAUCUUCUACAUGGGAGCCAUGAACACCAUCCUGAAGUCCCUAACUGACGGAGACCUCACAACAGUGAGUGUCUACACGUCCAUCUUCGGUGUGCUCCAGCUUUUAUGUCUGGUCACCUCUCCCGUCAUUGGCUACAUCAUGGACUGGAGGCUCAAAGACUGCGAGGAUGAGACCGAGAAGAGCGGCAAGAGGGACCCAAGUCAGCCGCGUCGUCCCGACAAACAGAUUCAGAAGAUCGUCAACGCCACCAGAGCCUUCAUCUUCACAAAUGUGCUGCUGGUUGGCUUUGGAGUCACCUGUAUCGUCCCUAACCUGCCCCUUCAGAUUCUGUCAUUCGUCCUGCACACCAUUGUCAGAGGCUUCAUCCACUCUGCAGUCGGAGGCCUUUAUGCUGCUGUGUACCCGUCCUCUCAGUUUGGCAGCCUGACAGGCAUGCAGUCUCUGAUCAGCGCUCUGUUCGCUCUGCUGCAGCAGCCACUCUUCAUGGCCAUGGUGGGACCCCUAGAGGGAGACCCCCUAUGGGUGAACGUGGGCCUGCUGGCGCUGAGCAUGCUGGGAUUCUGCCUGCCCUUCUACCUGCUGUGCCACAGCCGCCACCUCAAACGCCUCAGAGAGGAGCGUGACGAGGACCCCAAGAUCUACGUCCAGAUCAACAACGGCAGCAAGUCGGAGGCCUUCGUCUAGACUGGGAGGAGCAACGGAAGAAUGGUCACUUUUGUUGAGAAAAAGGAGAGGAUAAGCUAUGCUAGAGAGAGAGAGACAGAGAGAGAGAGAGAGAGAGAGAGACAGAGAAAGAGAGAGAGAGAGAAGAGAGGGGCGGGCAGAGUGGCGGAGGUCACUCGCUCGUGUGACAGCGUGAUAAAUUGUGUUCAUUUACUCGUUCACUCACUCUGUCCUCCUCAGUGCUGUAGCUCCUCUCUCAGUUCGCCUGCACUUGCACUCAGACGAUUCUCUCUCUCUGGCACAGGAAUCCCUUACAUUCCCCCGUACACACACACACAUGUGCACACACCAUUACACUGCUAAUCAUAUUGGGUCAAACAUGACUGUAUACCACUGUGACACAGUUUCACGCUCCAUGACACACUGACUGAACACUGUGAGAAACCUGAUACAACACACACCUGUCUGUUCAACGCACCGCUGCCCCAGGGUGGGGUGGACACCUCACCAGUUAGCUGACAAUGUUCUUACAAACGGAGCAACUGAUUCAUCUAUGAACUGAGAAAAAGCAGAGGAGAUGAGGGGAGGAAGAGGAGGCCAGAGUCUUCAUCUCCCCGACUUGACUCCUCACCCGUCUGCUUUUCGCAUCUUUUCGCCACCGCUCUCCUUUCGUUUUACGCCGCUGUGUUUUGUCAUCGAUGCCGUUCUGGUCGAUUUUUGUUUUGUUAAAAUAACACAGAAAACGAAGUCGACGCCAGUCAGCGCAAAACCCGGCUGUGAUGAGACGAUUUUGCAGACGAGAAAUGGAAACUACAGCGGCAGUGUUGUGCCGUUAAUCCAACUUAUUCCAUCUCUGACUGCGUUGUAGAACCAGCAGCUGCAGUGACCAGAAAAAUCAAUCAUUUCGCCAUGGCUGUGGGAAGCAGACGACACAUCAACUUGACACCAGUCAUCAUGUAAUCUGUCUCACGCUGUUUCCUGUCAGGGCUGUUUGACUCCGUUUCUCAAAGUAUUUCAGCGUCCUCCGGGAGACUAAAGAGCGCAGACAACUUUUGUGAAAGCUCUCUGGCCUGGCGUAUAACUUAGUUCAGUAUCAUUUCAACUCUCCAAACUCUCCCUACACUUAGGUUCCACAUUUGCUAACUAUGUUUCAAGAGAUAACAGUAUGAGUUUCAAAGCAGACUGAAUCAUGGUAUGAAUUACAUUUUUUAAAACCAGCAAUAAUGUGCCACUGGAAGACAUCACAGGCUAGGUUGAGCAAGCACCGUACCAUCUCUGCCUCAGUAUUGCACAUUGCAGCACAGACCAGUACAAAUUGCAAUGUAGUACAAUGCAGUCCCAGACACCGAUUUGGAAACAUGCAAUGGCAAAACACUCACCACUCGUCCAAUAUUAGUGUCUCACUCAGCCACUGUUGCAGCAAGACACACUCACUGUUCACGCUGGUCUGUUUUUUGUCUAAUGAAUUCCUGUUGUUUGUUUCCACAUGGUGUGGCCUCUGGACUAUAUCACAUUUUGAAUAUGUACCAGUUUGUUGUUUUUCUGGUUGGUUUUACUUGCAAUAUGAUUACAGAGGUGGUGUUGAAUCUUCUAUAUAUGAUCUAUAUAUGAUCUCAUGACAGUGAUGUGGAGGAGGAAAAAUGUGUGUGUGGUUUGAUUAGGUAGAUGGGAAGAAGGUAGUGUGUUUUAAUGGCUUGAGUGGUGUGGAUGAGGGGCUUGCAUGCCUGCAUUAUUGUACCCACUACACGUGUGAAUUUUGGAGUCCUGAUUCGCUGUAGCAAUAAGUGCUUCUGUGAGGUCCUGGGCAACUUUUUACUCUUAAGACACACACACACACACACUGAAGCCAUGUCAUGCUUACAUAGGCACAUAAGAGUGUGAAUUUUAUAAACUGUAUUUCCAAACCAAAAAGGUGCUAGUUCAGUUAUAGAAAUGUAUUGUUUGCAUUUUGUUUUAUGGAGCGGAUGAGUUCAUUUUGGCAACAAAUAGUCAUCAAGGGCUGAAAACAGCUGGUAGCUUGGUGACGCUGACAGUGAAUUCCAAAGAAUCAAACAAGUUUACCACAGCUCGUUGCCAUGUUGCCCUUGGUUUGUAAGCAGCUUCCUGGUAAAUCUGCACCAUAACACAAAGUGCAAUCACAGUGUAUUUCCUCAGACAGGGGUCACCGGUCAGUCAGGGAGCCAGCGGUCCCCAAGGUCCCACUCAGCAGCUCUGGAAAACUUGAAUUCACCUCUUCUUGCAGACAUAAAGGGAGACAUAAAGAUGCUUGAAGAUAGCAGUCUGGGUCCACAUUCCUCCAGCUUCUGUUCUUAGUGGGACCCAGCCAGCGAGUAGACACACCCACAGAUAAUAAUGGGUCUUUGUAUCUUUGAAAGAAAAGGCCCAGAGCAGAAGCAUGGAGUGUGUCGCGAGAUAAUUGCCAUUUGACUCGGUCUGUUAUCUUUAGAUGCCAUACCGUUAAGUUCCUCAGAUACUUUAAUCCUGGCAGUAGCUCACAGAGGCACUUCCAAAGACGGCCAUGACCUCGCAGAGUGCCUCGCUAUGCGCAGAUGAUGGGAGGAUCGGAUCAAGAUAGGAUCUGGCGCACCCCGUCCCUCUCUCCCUCCAUCUAUUGCUCUCUUUCAUCCAUCCAUCCAUUCGUCCAUCUGUCCGUAAGCACAUCUUGAAAUGCUUCCCGCCAUACGUCUGUCGCUAAAGUAGCAGUCAUCUGCAAACGCGUUGACUCGCACAGGUGACAAAGCUGAGAGACAAGCCCCUGCUACCCUCAGAUGCUUCUAAUGAAUGACUAAGUGAGAAACAAAUGGCACAUUACGCACCUUAGACCUCUAAAAUGGACCUCAAAGCUAUAUUUCGACAUGGCCCGCCCCAACUGUGUCGUACCUUACAGUGCAGCCGCCGCCUGCUAGUUGUGCAUGAUGCAUAGAAUGUAUCCUCAGAGCUUCAGAUGUAGAUUAUGUUUUAAAUUUAGAACAUGGGAACGGCAAAGAUACUCUUAUUUUUAUAUUCAUAUUAUAUGGCUUCACAUGUUCUCUAUAGCGCCUUUGUAUGCACAGACAGCGUGACAGAGGCUUGUCUCUCAGCUCAGGAACAUUCAUGUGUGGCUGCACCGUGACCGAACGGGCAUAUUUCAUCCUUACGUAGUAAACUGCAUGCAUUUCUUUAUCUGUAAAGUAGCGAGGAGAUGUGUAUCUUGUAGCAUGCUGUUGUCCUGUAAAAAGGCAUAUCGCUGUUGUCAUGUGGAACCUCCCAGCCCCAAUUCAUGUUUUCACUUCAGCUGAAGGAUUACAUGUCCCUCCACGGGUUGGGAAAAUUGUCUGAUUGCUUGGGUUUAUGAAACAGUAAAAACCCUGUGGAUAAUGACAAAAAAAAAUCAUUGUUAUCCAGCUAAAAACAAGGGGUUUGUUUUGUUUUGCUCUGCUGAAAGCUUUUUUUUUUUCACCUGACAGCAACAAUAUUCUCAAAGUUUGACAGAGGACUAGAGAUGGCAGGCAGAUACAGAUAUACUCUGAUGCAGUACUUUACUCCAGCGCUAUGAAUGUGGGUGAUGAUGGAUAUUGCUUUCUCAUUUGCCUGGCAACCCAUCCUGAAUUCACUCUUAGCCCGGUUGUGGCUUAAUAAAGUGAAAUGAAUGAUUAGCUCAUUUAUAGGCCAUUUGUCUUAAACUACAAACAUUUAUGGCUAAUUGGGAUUGAUGAAGUGUGCAGAAGCAUGCGAUCAGUCAGCCAAAACAGAAGUGGAACGGGGUGAAUGAACGAUGAGUCACCAGGUAAUAUCUUCAUUCCCUCAGAACGGGAGUCCAAUCAGCACUUUGUUACACUGCCAUACCUUAAAUGUCUCACCCCAUCCUCGAUGCCAUCACCUUCCCUAUUCACCGAGACCCCCUAGGAAAAUGACAGUAGUUUCACAGAUUGAUCCAGUGAUUGAUGUAUUGAUUGUAUUGUUUAAUCUCUGAAGAUGGGAGCCUCGCAUCACCUUUUGAUUGUCUGCGUGUGAUGAUGGGAAAUGGGAAUUACAGCUGAAACACCAAUGCCUUGUUUUCCUUCCCUGGCAUGUACCUUUUAUAUUUUAUUUCUACCCAAAUGUUUCCAGUUUACUUGUAUUGUCAUUUAAGUUUUCUUCUCUUGUUUAUGACAUAUGACAGUGUGUAUUUUCAUGUUCUUAUAUUGUAUAUUUGGUUUUCUCUCGUCUUGUAUCACAUUAUAGCCAUUGUCAUUGACAUUUCAAGUCAUGUUUCGAGUUGUUUCAAAUGAAAGGAAAAAAAAAAAAAAAAAACAGAUCAAUAUAUGAAACAAAAUAAACAGUAAUUUGUA